AUAGAUCAGAAACUAAAUAAUAGGUUAGAAAUAAUGUGUUUACUAAGUUGAUGUUUCGAAGUCUUAUAACGAGUCUAAGAAAUAAAGUAUUAAUGGGAGGAUAGGAUUACGUUAUGAAAAAUAUAAAAAUAUAUUAAAAAAUAAAAAUAUUUUUGCAUUAUUUAUAAUUUUUAUUAUCAUUAAACAAUAGUAUCUUAUAAAAAUUAAAAAUGGAUAACAUGAUUACAUUAAAACGACCCAAACCUGGAGACGACGAAGAAGAAUUAUUUCGAAUGCAGGAAGAUUUUUUAAAAAAUAGGUUGCAACCAUCAGCGAAGGUGAUAAAUUUACGAGAUCAAAUUAAAGGACAAGCUAAUUCUAUGCAAAAGUAUGAAGCUAAUUCGAGUAAAGUACAAUCUAGAUUUUCAGAACUGAAAAAACAAAAGACAGAAAAGAUUUUUACAUCUCGAAGCACAGGAGAAGUAUUAAAUGCAAAUGUAAAAGAAGAAAUAACUGCAAAUUCGUCUGCAGAAAUUCAUGAUUUAGUACAAAGUAUACCAAUAGACCCGUCAAAUAUAAUACUUGGAAAUAUUAUCGAAAGAAAAUUCGAUAUGAAGGAACAGAAAUUUAGCUUUGAUGAAAAAGUAUUUAAUAUUAAUUCAGAAAUUGGCUUUCCAAAAGUCUUUGUAUCUGAUAAUUAUAUGAAUACAUCUAAUAAACGGAGUUUAUUUUCACAAAAGAUUUCAAAAAAAGAAAAUGUAGCCUUUCCUAUUAAAAUAAAAUGUCAAGAAGAAUCUGAUGCAACAAAAAAUGAAAAUUCUAAUGCUAUGAAAGAUUUUAUCGAAGAGAUUCAUCAAGAAAAUUUAAAUAAAUUAAAUGAAAUGACUGAAGAAGAAAUAUUGAAAGAAAAGAAGAUGCUUAAAUCAUCUCUUAAUGCAGAAUUAAUAAAAUUUCUUAAAAAUAGGAAAAGAGAUAAAAACAAGACAGAAGUAGAUAAACCAGAUUUUCAGUCAUGUAAACUUGAUAGUAAAGAAUGCAUAAAAAAUAAAAAAAGUGAUUCUUUAUGCUGUGAUCAAGAUCAAGAUGAAGCUAUGGAAUGUGCAAGUAGUAUAGAAACUGUACCAAAGCCUUGUGUAGAAAUACUAAAGGAAGCUAAAGAAAAAGGUUGGGUCCAUUUAGAUACUAUAGAACCUGCAAAACUGCAGUGGAUGCAAGAUAUACCAGAAAAAAAAGAACAUAAACCUGCCCCUGAUGAACCAUACAAUGCUCGAUUUGAUUUUAAUGGUUUAUUACUUCCAUAUAAAGAUGAGAAUUUAUCAGUAGAUAAAGGUCUUCAUCAUCAUGGAGAAGAACCAGAACGUCCUGGUUAUUCUUUACAAGAAUUGUUACAAUUAAGUAGAUCUUCUACGCAACAACAACGUUGCACUGCUCUCACUACUUUAGCUAAUAUCUUAGAAAAAAGUCGAAAAGGGUGGUAUGAUAAAGUUUUGCAACCAGCACCACUAAAUGCAUUGAGUCAAAAUAAUGUCCUACUCUUACUAAGAUUUUCAUUGGAUGAUACAUCUGUAGCUGUGGUUACAGCAACUUUGCAGGUAUUGAGAGCAUUUGUAUUUAGUGAAGCAGAUGAGAUCUGUUUGGACAGAAUGUUUGGUUGGGACAAAUAUAUAGAACCUACUUUGAAACCUCCACCUUCAGAUAUUAAAGAUGAGAGUACUUUGAAAGACCAUGAACUCGUACAAUUAGAUGCUGUUUCUGCACUUCUAAGAUCAGAUAUUCUUUUAAGAAUUAGAUAUAUUUUAAGUGAAAUGCAUCCUCCACCUGUUGGUGUGAUAUGUGCUUUGGAAAUAUUGACUCGUCUUGCAAGACAUUCACAUAUAGUUGCAUUGAACAUUGCAAGUACUCCAAAUUUGUUGAAUACUAUCAUUUGUAAUUUUAUACCUUUAUCUGUCAAUCAGUUAACUACAUAUGAUACAGUAAAUAAUGCUUAUGGUAUCCCAAUAACUGCUAGCAUACGUUUAUGUCGAAUCUUAGUUUGUUACGGUGGAAAAGUAGUGGCUGAAAAAUUAGUUCAGUUGAAAAUCAUUCAUUCUAUUUUAUCAUAUGUUUCCAGUGAAGCAGGAAAGGAAGGAAUUAAAAUAAAUAUUGAAAGCUUACGUCUUUGGAAAUUGUUGCUACAUCACAAAGUAGCAAUGGACAGUAUUGAAGGAGCUCAAUUAACUCUUAUAUCUCAGUUACAACUUUUAUUAUGUAAUCAUGAUAUUGGAAAAGCUGCAGAUCUAGCUUGUGAAUAUGCAACUGUACUCAUAGCUGUAGCUAGUACUUUAAAUUCAUUCAAGGAAAAUAUCUCCGUACUGUUAUCAAAGUGGAGUAGACAAUUAUCAUCAUUAUCAUCUCCAACAUGGUGUAUUUUAAAAUUGAUUUCACAAACAUUGCUGUCUGUUAACAAUCUAAAUGCUUUGGAAACAAAUUGGAUGUCAAAUUCAAAUAUAUUUUCUACAUUAUGUUCUACUUCAAAUUUAUUAAGUACUUGUGUACCUUCUAUUGAACGAGAACCAUCCUGUCUGCCAAGUCUUGGAGUACGGACAGAAGAAGAUCAAUUACAACCAAUCAUAUCUCAGAAUUCUUGUAUUCCUUUCCUAGCAAUAAUACUUGAUAUGUUUUACCGUGAGUCCUUUGAAACAGGUCUUUGGACAAUAUUCAAUCAACCAGAAUUUAUAAAAUAUAUUCAAAAACUAGAAUCAACUAGUUGGAAUUUAGAACGAUCGUGGUAUACGCGAAUGGAGUUUUAUUUGGUUACUAUUAUUGUUAAAGCUGCUCACUUUCUUAAUAGAAACUUAAAUUCUAUAGUGAAACAUAAUGUUUGGAAAAUAUCUAUUAAACUUGUAUCGUCAUUACCAGGAGAUUUUUCUAAUGAUGUAGUAGAUAUGCUGAGAAUUGCUUUAUCAAAUGAAAAAUUAAAUUUGGAAUUAAUAACAGAUCAAUUAUCACAAUUAAAUUUAAAUAAUGCUGAUAAUCAAAUGAAAUAUGAAAUAGCAAAUUUGUAUGAAAAAUAUGUUAUAUCAAAUUCAGAUUGGAGUCAAGCAGCAAUGCCUAAAGAUUGGCUUUAUUUACCUUUGGUACACAUUUAUACAAAGUGUAGAAAUAAUGAAACUAGUACAGAAAAAGAUAAAAAGAAUAUCUUAGUGAUAUUAUGUUUAGAAAUCGUUUUACCUGAAUUAGUUGCAAAAUUAUCUCCAACUUUAAAAUUUAGUAGAUUAGUGCUAACCUAUUUGUGUGAUACAGUUUAUUUAAACAAUGAUGUUUCUAUUUUAUUAAACAAAGUAAUGUCAAACUUAAUGCAAAAGUAUUAUAAAAAGUUAGACUUUACAAAAGAUCUACCAGGAUUAAAUUCAUUUGUUGAUUUAUUCACUGCAAUGUGUGAACAUUUUUGCUCAACUUCUUAUGGUGAUCAUAAUUUUGCAAUGAUAUUACUAAUUCCAAUUGCACAGAGACAUAAUGUACAUUAUAGGAAAUUAUUAUGGUCUGAGCAUGCUGGUGUACUCAGAUAUUUAAGAUUACCAUUGAAUAAAUUAAUAAUUCCUUUACAAGAAUAUCUGUAUCCUCUUGAAGAUGAUAUGUCAUUAAUAGAAACUUACAUAACAGCACUUGUUAGAAAUACCGUUAAAUUAGAAUGGUGUCCAAUACCAUAUACAAUUGCACUUCAUCAUUCUGCCAUGUAUUUAAAGCUUACAACUAAAUUAGCGAUUCGAAUGAGGACGAAAAUAGAAACAAUUCCUGAUAAAAGCUUGGUAAAUAUUUUAUUAAAUUAUAAACCACCAAUACUGUAAGUGAAAAUGUUAUUAUAAGUAUAAAUUCUUUUAUAAAGAUAUUUAAAACAUGAACUCGGUUGAAUUGAUUUAUUAAUGAACUGAUAAUAGAGUAUUUAUUUCGAAUAUUUUUAUAAUGUACAGACAUCUUUUGUGUAUAUAUAUAAAAUAUAUUAAUGCUAGAAAUACAGGAUUCACAAAACAAUAUCUAGACUUUUGUUAAGCUUAAAAAAUGAGUUUACUUAUACAAUAAAAUAUUUAUUCUAAGAGACUUAUACUACAGUGCAUAUUUAUAUUUCAUAGAAUUUAAAUGCUAUAUUCACAGGUACAACUCAUUAGGGUAUUCAUGAUUUUUGUGUUUAAUAAUAAAGAAUAGGAACAAUUAGUAAUAAGCGCAGAGGCACUGUUUGGUCAUUUGAGCUGAUUUGAACAUUAGUGUUAAUAUCUGAUCUGUGUAAUAAGAAUAUUGCAGAAAGUGGUUAAUAUGCAAUCAUAUUGAUAUUAUGAAGUAAAUAAUUUAGAUCAGUUCGAACGUGAACACUUUGUAUAAUAUAAAUCCUAGAUGAUAAUCAUAGCUAUAAUUAGUGAAUAUUUUUAUAAAUAUUAAAUAACGACUUGAUGUUUUUAAGUUUUGAAAAAAUUAUGUAUUUGAUGAUUUUUUGCAAUAUUAUAUAUAUCUAUAUA